CACAAAGCAGACCUCUCACGACAUCCCACCCAAGAUCUCGACGAGCGCUUCUGGCUCCUCGUCUCUUCAGUCCAUGCCGCUGCAUGAUGCCCUUCAAUGACGUUGACUAUGACGAACUCAUCAAAAGACUAACAGACAAUUUUAAUAUUCUUGCAGAUGAGGUGCAGCUCCUGUCUGACCGCAAGCAGAUUUUGGAGCACAAGUUGCGCUUUGCACAUGAGCAAUAUCAAUACCUCGCCGAUAAGUAUGCUUCGGGGGAUCCCGAGAUCUCAAGUACUUUAGCAAAGCUGCAACUUCCUCCGGAUCUACAAAUCUCCACACCGGACGGUGUCGGAGUCGUACCACUUCCGCAGCGGGCACAUAUCGGUUCUAAGCAACAGACAGCAGUUGCUAUAAGGGACGGACGAAGGGCGGCACAAAGUCUUGUGGCCUUGGCAGGCAAGUCGACCGGAUCUACCGUUAGCGGAAGAAGUAUAUCCGGGACAAGCAGUAAUGUGAAAUACUCGGGGCGAAGGACCUCUUUAUCAACUGUGUUGGAACAAGACUUCACCGUCCAAGGGAAGAAGAGCUCGUUAUUGUGUCCAUUCUCCCGUCCAGCUAGAUCGAACGACGCCUCGAUGAAUGCCGAAAGGUCUCCAGGGUCUGGCACCCAUGAAUCAGACCAGCCAUUGACUCCUUCCGAAGUGAGAGACCCGACGCGUCACCAUUCUUCAGACCCCAUAUGUGCAGCUCUAUAUGCCGAGACUUUGAACUCCCCUCCCCCAUCAGCCAGCGGCUCUGCUGCGAAAUGUCCAAUACGUUACAUGGACCAACACUCUCCAGAAGAGAUUGCUCAAUACUUUGAAAGCCACAAACAUGAAAUCCCACGAAGCCACGAAGUCUGUGUCAAAAGAUACCAAAGAAACGAAGAUGAUAUUAGGAAGUUAGAUGCAAAGUACGGAAACUUGGUCAGCAUGAUUCAGGGACUCGGUCAAAAACAUCAGCCUAUGUUGCCUACGAAGGAGGAAGAGGAGGCCAUGGAGCUGGAGAAAACAUCAAAUGAACGGGUGGAGAACUGGGCUCAUGCGGUCAGUGCUGAUGGGGUUCAUUCUGAGGAAGAUGUACCGGAUAAUGAAGAAGAGGAUCGCGAAAGCAGAUUCGACAGACCCUUGAAAGAGAUUCGGGUUGGCGAGUCACCAAGUCGACCUUGGGGUAUCUCAGUGCCUAUCUUCGAUCCACCCGAGGGUCAAAGACCAGUGUCACCCCCACCAGCUCCUGUCGCAGCUGAACAUACACAACGACCGGUAGGAAAGUGUCCAUUUGGACAUGGUGCUAAGGUUGAGGAGCAGACGGUACCUCUACCGAUAACGGAAGAGACAUCCGCUGGGAAAUGUCCAUUUCCUCAUGCUGCAGCCAAGAAGAAGGAGGAACACGCUGCAGAGUCAACUCCACAGGCCGCGCCAGUCUUUCAUAAUCAGCCAACUUUCCUCCAACCUCCCGAGUCGGCAAAGGCGGCCACAGUUUCACAGAUGAUUUUUACAGGGCCUGUUUUCAUUGGAUAUCCCAUGGAGCAAGCUAUCACUUUUAUGCAGCAGUAUAAGGGUACGCAAUGAGUUACGAGAGGGGGGAUUGUUUUGAUAGGUGUGCUUUAGCGACGGCGUUUAUUGAGAGUUGUGCUAGUCUUCUGAGCGUGGCAGUGAUACUUGACAGGCGAAAGUGGCUUCUCCUUGAUGAUCUGGUUUGAAACAGCAGUCUAAUAGAACAAAUUGAUAUUUUUGACAUUUGAGAAGCU